UGCGUAUCUGCUUUCGGUUAUAUCAUCCGGGUUCAAGAUGACAGGCACCCAAUCAGGGAUGUCCGUGCGGUAAGUGACGUCUGACCGUUGCGUUCCACCCAAUCAAUCAACAGCAAAACAGCCAUGAGUAACGCGUGGCCUCACUCUAGAAGAGGCAGAGGGCCCAGGCAUAAGGAGCAGGGUCGAGCCGCCAGGGAACAGACCACUGAGCAGAAGGCCACAGACUCAGUGCCCCAUGGCACCUGUAUAACUAUGUGCCCCGCUAAAGAAUUACGCCAACGAGAGGCACAAAACAGACUGCACAGAUUUGAGAUGGUUCCUGGCACAGAGCAAGAUCGCUUGCCACAUGCUGAUGUCUCACGUGCUGUCAAAGAGUAUUCUCGACCCGCUGCAGGAAAAGACUCCACGCGAGCCAGCGACCUUAGGCCUCCAUCUGUGCUUUUAAAGACGGCGUGUUACUUAGUUGAUGACGUCGCAGCUUCUGAUACAUUUCAGCCGUGGACUGAGGUCUAUAGUUUUGUUUUCGACCGUCUGCGUAGUGUUCGGCAGGACAUGAUAAUCCAGCGUGUGUCCGGGCCAGAGUGUGUGACUGUGCUGGAGAAAACCGUACGGUUCCUCCUCUACGCCCCUUACCGGCUCUGUGGACAGCCACUUCAGCACUUUGAUCCCCGCAUCAAUGACACUCAUCUGCAGGAAACCUUGAGCUGGCUGCUGGAUUGCUACAAAGAAGGAAAACACCAACAUCAAGAGGAAUUCCAGGCCUUAAGUCUGCUGUAUAACCUGGGUUCAUCUCAUGCCAUGCAACAUACACUUCAACUGCCAGAGCGAAUACGCAGCUCUCCGGCAAUUCAGCUGGCCCUGGCCAUUAACCGUGCAAAUACAGAGCGCAACCCAGUUCGGUUCCUCCGGCUGGCCCAGAAACUGGACUUUAUGCAAGUGUGUGCCCUCCACAGACACAUCCUGUCCUGCAGGAGAGAUCUGCUCCUGUUGUACAGUCACGGGUACAACAGUCGCAACUGUCGCUACCCACUCCAAAGACUGGCACGCCUCCUCUUUCUCAAAGAUCCGCUGGCUGCUGAGCUGUGCCAGGUGCAUGGUGUCAACAUCAGUGGAGAGUGGGUCAACUUUACCAAGAGCUCUUUUACCGAAAAUACAUCUGGGGACUUGCAGUGCAGACGUAUGCAUGAGCCGGCAGAUGACGAGAAGUGGAACUGUUCUUCUGCCAGCGUUAUUCAUGGCUGUGCCUGAAAUCAUCAGAUGGUAAAGGGAUCGUUUUAAUACCAACAUUGUUUUUUACUUGUGGAGAUGUAUGCCAUGUUUUAAUUUGUAGUUGGUAAAGACACCUGUGAUGUUUCAAUAAAGUUCUUAUGUAUAGAGGUUGUUUUAUGUGUGUAUAUAAUGACUCUAGCAAUAAAUUAUUGUGGACAGACA